CCAUGAUUUCAUAGUGGGUUUUUCUCAAGUACAAUAUUUGGCAUUCUGUUACAAUAUAGCAAAUGUAAAACUAACAUGGACAAGCUAAAAUACAUCCUAGAUUUGGACUAAACAGAAUCUAGUUUUUCUCUGCUCUUUCUGAAUGCUGAGUGAGUUUCUGUUCACAUAUCAACAGACCAGUUAUACAUUUAGGUGUUUUACGAAUACAAUACGUGCUUGCACACAGUAUACUAAAGCAGUAAGUAUAGUACAAUUAUCUUUAAAUGUAGUGAUUAUGUGCCUGCCAUUUCAGAAUUUCUGAAGCACUUGGGAUCUCUGUUUUGUAGUUUGGUAAAUAAAUACAAGAGGGUUUUGUUUUGUUUUGUUUUGCUUUGUUUUUUGUCCAACCCUGAGCAAGCUGGAAGUUGUAUUUAAAACCUGUGCCUAGUUCUAAUUUUGUUCAGUGUGUGGAAUGAAAAUUUAUACAUCCAUAGGGAUAUUCCUUUUGGAAAGAUGUUAGGUCCAUUAUGAAUCUGCAGUUACAUACCCCAAGUGAUGAUUUAUUUUUUCUGAUACAAGUUGAUUGUCUUCCCUUGAAAGAAAGCUGAGUUGAGAAUAAUAAUUACAGCACAUUACAUACUAGAAACUUACAGGCAAUGACAUGUGUAUCUGUUAUUUUCUUUUGGUAACAUCAUCUCUCCUUUUAAUUACUAUUUAUUAUUUGUAUGGUGCCAUUAGGUUAUGUGAUACUGUCUUAUAGAUGACAAAAUGAUGUGGUUUCAAAAGAAAAUAGGUGAAAGUCCAAAAGUAAGUCCUCAUUGCAUUUGAAAGUCAUCAGAUGCUAUGAUUUAUUUUAAACUUACCAUUAGUGCAGUCUUCUGUUCCAUCCAAGUCCUUUCUGUGGAUGAGUUUCCAGAAGAUAAAAUAUUCUGGGGCAGCAUGAAGUCUUUUUUUCUAUAUUUUGUCUAGUUUUUUGGAAGUUUAGACAUGAUCAAGCCAAUCCAAAAAAGGGCAAAAAACCCCACAGUAGAUGUAGAAUAUGCUGGAGGGGUCCUCUGUUGUAGUAAAAAUAAUAAUGACACUGUAAUUAGAAAGGUAAACAGCUUGCUUGCAUUUUUUAAACUUCAUAAAAUUGCAUCUUUUUUACUGCAAAGGACCAAUUAAGUCAUGCAUGUAGCUGUAUUCUUGUGAUAUAAACUGUAAAGAUUACAUUGUGUUUAAAUGAAAAUAACAGGCACACAUUUAAAAAAAGACAAAGAAAUGUAAAUAUAUUUGAUUAAUAAAA